UGCGGGAGUUCCUGAGCUAUAAGCGCGGCCAUCUGACUAGCUUCGGCGUCGUCGUAAUUGUUAGUCUUUCAUACUUUGCCGUUCAGAGAGUGAAAUUUCUUUGAGCGGUCGAUUUCUUGUCUUGAUCGCAUUUUAUUUCUUCCCUUGGACACAAUUUCAUCAUGGGUUGGUGGGGGAAAUCUUCAGAGGCCAAGGCCGAGGACCAGCAGCGCAAACAGGCGCAGAGCGAAGGCGCUUUCGAUCCCACACUCCCCAAGGCCGAGAAGCUGCCCAAGGGCCUGCAGAAGAUUGUCGACAAGGCCGAUAAAGACGAGAGUUUCUUUGACAGCAUCAAGGAGGGAAGCGCCCCCGACUCGACGGAGAGCAACUUGCGAUAUGCCGCGUAUGCAACCCGACUUCGAACAAUUCUGCUGUCUGCGCAUCGAUACGUCGCCUACACGUCUGAUAUUGGCGAAUCGUUCCGCCCCGUUGCGCACCCGGGCCUCGUUCGCACUGCCUACGGAAUCUCAUGGCUCUAUAUUCUGGGCGAUGUCUCGUUUGAGGGAUACCGCUCGUACUGGCGCAACCAGCGCGUCCUCAACCCGCAGCUUCUGCUCAAUUCUCACCAGCAGAGAUUCUCUGGCCUCCCUGAAAAGGAGACUCAGAGCCUUACUCCCGGAGUAGUUUCUCCACUGGAGGAUUAUCGAACAGUCAUGGUGCAGAGAGCCAUCUUCCAGAGCUUGGCCAGUAUGGGACUGCCUGCCUUUACCAUUCACAGCGUGGUCAAAUACUCCGGAAAGGCCAUGAAGAAUGUCAAGAACGUUGCUUUGCGAACAUGGGGCCCUAUUGGCCUCGGCUUGUCCGUCGUUCCAUUCCUGCCCAGUCUCUUUGACAAGCCGGUCGAAGACGCCGUCGAGUGGGCGUUCCACAAGGGCUUUUCGCAGUUUGGAGGCCACAAGUACGUCGGAGACUCGCCGGCUACCGGGCGGGAAAAGCUGAUCAACAAGGAUCUCAAGGCCAAGAAGGAUCAAUGAAGCGUUCUCUACUCUGUAUAUGGGAUAAGGCGUUGGGGCAUUACUCUACUCUUGGAGCAUUAUAUCAUGGGAUAAUUUCGUAAUUACCACAAAGAAAAAGAAUGUCUUUGUUAUAUACAUCAUGUAUAAAAAUCAAUCUGUUGUUUAAGUAG